AUGCAAAGGCUUGUUUACAGAGAAAUUACCUACGUACCUGGAUUAUAUAAAAUAGUGGAUGAAAUCUUAGUAAACGCUGUUAACAACAAGGUUCGAAACGAUAAAAUGAACCUUAUUAAAGAUGAAAAAGUCACAACUCAUCUUUUCGCAGCUUCCAAUUAUGAUGAUGAGGAAAAGAAAGUUUCCGGUGGUCGUAAUGGUUUCGGUACUAAAUUAGCAAACUUAUACAGUAUUGAGUUCAUUUUGGAACAGUUUCAAAUGGCAAAAAAUAUCGCCAAACUUUAUGAUCUUCUCAAAUGUGGUAUUAUUGAACACAUUUUGGAUGAAGUUAAUUAUAAACUAAAUAAAGAAUUAAAGAAGACAGACGGAAAAAAAGUGCAAGAA